AUGAAGAGUCUUCAACUCUCCCAGGCUUAUUUAGGAGCCCUUCUACUUUCACUUGCUGGAGUCAAUGGUCAAGGAUGCUCCAAUACUUGCCCACCGAUAAACUAUGGAACUCCAGUUCCAGCAUUGUGCGAAGGAGACAUGGCAGAUACCUUUGCCAAUACCGAAAAGGUGUACGACGUCUGUCACGGCAGUGGACAGACCAGAUCCUUCUCGAUUGACAGUUUGAAGGGCAAGAUUGCUGUCUUUGCCAAUUUCUACACUGGUUGCAAUGCCGGACGUCGGGAAUCUGGAGUCUUUGCGCAUGUGGCCCAACGAUACUUUGAAACGCAUGGAGAAGACAAGAUUGUCUUUAUCCAAUCGGUCAAGGGUGGUGGUACUUGCGCUCAAUGGGCAAGUAUUUUUCAAAGCGAUGCCGUAUCUCUCUAUCCGGGAAGUGGGAUUGUUCCUCGGGAAAUGCCGCUUUCAGUCAAUGAUGUGAACUAUGAAAUCCGUGACGAUCUAUUCACUACUCCCUUUGGACAUCCUUCGUAUGCCAUUUUGGACCACACAGGAAUGGUUCGGCACAAGUUUAUUGGUCCCUGCUGCGGAUAUGAAUCCUUCUAUUCUUGUACUGCCGAUAUUGCCAAGUCCUUGGACCAACAGUUGACUGACUACUUGGAACCCCUCUUGACCGAGCUCGAAACUUCCCACAUUGAUGAGCCCACGAACAAAGACCCUAAUGUUUUCAAUCCAAAUCCACCAGUGGAUGAUCCACAAUUGGGUGAUGGAGAUCAAACCGUCUGUGUCAGUGGCACUAUCGGAGACUGGUCUGAAUGGUCUCCUUGUUCGGUUCAAUGCGGAAGCACUCCCGGCAUUCAGUUCCGAACUCGAUCUGUCCAAGCGAAUGAUUGUACCAGAGCGGUACCUGUCGAAACUCGAAGCUGUCAGGCUACAUUCCCUUGCAACGAUCCAAGCACCGCGUGUGUCGCUGAGACUGGAGCUUCCUAUACUGUCGAGACCGUUGUCACUGGAUUGGACUCUCCACGAGACGUUGACUUUCAUCCCACUCCUGGGCUUCAUUUGAGAGACUAUUCGGAGGGGCGUCAAUUUUACCCCGACGAGGGACAAGAAGCCUGGGUGGUGAAUGGGGGCAACCACAGUGUCAGUAUUGUGGCAUCCUUGGGAACCGAGCGUCAAACUACCAUUAGCCGUCGCGACAGGGGCUACUAUCACUAUAUGAUUAACGCCACUGCCCUGUCCUUCAACAAGGUUGCCAAUUCAGGGCGUAUUCCAGAUCGUGAUUCCUUCAACUACUGGGCCAUUUGCAACGACAACCCCAACAAUUACAUGGGAACCAAGGAGGCCAACUACUUUAUGGGCCCUACCUUGUACGACUCUCGUCCAAGAAAUCGCAAUACUGUCAACCGAUUGGGGCAAGAAUGCCGACCGGAAGAACCCUGCUACUUUUUGCAUGCCGACAUGCUGCACGAGUCCCCAUCGUGUGUUGGUAUCACACACGACCCCGAGGUUGAUACAGCCUAUGGUACUGUCUACUGGGCCUUUGAUGCCACUGGUAACCGAGAAACCGGACAGUUGGUAAGAUUCGACUUUCAACAGCCCCAUGGCCCUGGAUCUAUGGAUCACUCGGUAGCUGCCAUUCGUCGCUACGUCGAAGUCGAACUAGAGCGUGGGGACCCAGGAGUGCAUGCAGGUAUGGUGGUGCACCCUACCCGACGCGAAGUCUUUGUUGCAGUCCCAGGUGCCAACAAGAUCAUUGUCGUUGGUGCUGACAGUGGAGACUUUGCGCGAACAGCUCGUGAAGAGUAUCCAAUUUACAGUAGUGCCCUUCCAAGUUUCGAAUAUUCCGUUUGGGAAUGCGUCGAUCAACGAGUCUUUGCUGAAGGUAUUGAUACACCAUCAGGUAUGGCAUUGAGUGACGAUGGCAGCCGACUCUUUGUCGCGGAACGUGGAUCUGGAAAUAUUCUGGUCUUUGAAAUUGAAUCCGCUUCCCUCCUAUACACAAUUGAGACUGGCCUCACAACAAUUGGUGGAAUGGCGUUUCCACCUGCAACCGUCGGGGCAACCUCAAUGCUAUAUUUCGUCGAUGAACAAACCAACAGCUUGUAUCGCAUCAAUCCAGAUGAAGAGUGCAGUACUCCAGUCCAAUCAAGAGUCAAUCCUUCCUUUACGGUUGCCGUGAAUUCAGCCACAGCCAAUAUUGAUGGGUUUUCAUUGUCUCGCGACUACGAGUGUUCGGUGGACCCAAUUGUACCGGACGCUUCUUUUUUCGAUCAAGUCCAUGACGACACUGGAUAUGCUGACGACAACCCAGAUGUUCAAUCUAACAUGACUGGCAUGGAUGCAGGGGCGGCUCUGUUGGCAGACAGAACUGAUUGUGGAUUUGAUUCCGAGUUGAACUUUGAUGCCUUGCUGCUUGGUGGUUACUUUUGUCACAGAUGUUUGCCGGAAGAAUAUUUGAACUGCGAUACUGGAGGAAUCUGCUCCAAUGUCCAAUGGGAGGGAUAUACGUGUGACAAUGAAUUCUUUGUCACAAAGAAUUCAACUGGCGAUAUCGAACUUCAAAAUGCCAAUGGAUCGGCUCUCGAACCAUCACUGACUCAACUGCUAUUUGACGUCACAUACCGAGUAAAUGUUCUGGGAAAUAUCUCUCUUUGUGCCAACAUCAAGGACAAGGUCGAAUGCGCCAGCAAGGGACCACUGUUAUUCACUGUCGAGGACGGAGAGAAAACCACUGUGAGCUUUACAGUCAAUGGGGAGAACGAUUCAGCAUUUGAGCUCGAUGUUGCUCUUCGAAGAUCGGAUAACACUUCAUCUGGAGUCCAAAAAUUUGGAUUGACGGGGAUGAUGAUUUUAUCCAUGAUUGCAUUGAAGCUAACCUUUUGA